AUGAGCCCCGAAAUCUUCCUUACCCUGGCCGCCCUGGUCACCACCAUUUUCGCUGGCUCGAUCAUCACCUGCGGCGACUGCGACAAAGCAACCAGCUCCGACUGCUACGCAGCCUUUGCCCUGAUCCCCACAUCCCGAACCGUCAGCGGCAACGACAACACCUACUGGACAUCCGGAGCCGCAAGAAAGACGGCACCGAUCCCCCAAGUCAUGUCAGAUGCAAGCUCGCCCGAGGAAGUCGCCGUCGUUGUAGCCGCGGGCACCUUUGACUCCCUCCUAAGCAUACUUACAGUGGCCAAUAUCGUCUCUCUAGUCUUCCUCUACUGUGUACACACCAUCACAAAACUCACCAAGCGCGGAUGGGACGAUAUUGCUGAGAACAACCGACGCGAGAUGGAGCGUAUAAGGGUUGAGGAGUUCCGCUCCGUCAAAGGAGAGCCCUUUUGCGUGCAUUUACGCGCUGUAUUCUGCCCUGCAUUUUACAAGUCCCCCUGGAAGACAAAGACACAUGUGCUUUUGCCCACUUCGGGGGGUGAGUCGAGUGGCACCGAGGAUGAGGCGGAGGUGGGUCUGGCCCCUGUCGCUCUGUUUCCGAUGGCUUUUCUGCCUCGAUUGUGUUCAUCACGGGGAACUUCGGUGGUUGUUGAUGCGGACUCGUUGCGCACGUUUUUCGUUGCAUCGUUGACUGUAGUGAAGGAGGAGGAGGAGGAGGAGGAGGAGGAGGAGGAGGCGAAGAUGAAGGAUGAGUAG